UGGGGGUGCCGGGGGGGCUGAGCUGCAGCGGGGUCCCCUCUGUCGUCCCCCCCCAGAUGUUCGAGUUCUACGAGCGCGUGUCGGGGGCGCGGAUGCACGCGGCCUACGUGCGGCCCGGGGGGGUGCACCAGGACCUGCCCCUGGGGCUCAUGGACGACAUCUACGAGUUCGUCAAGAACUUUUCCAUCCGGAUUGACGAGGUGGAGGAGAUGCUGACCAACAACCGCGUCUGGAAGAACCGCACCGUGGGCAUCGGCGUCAUCACGGCCGAGGAGGCGCUCAACUACGGCUUCAGCGGGGUGAUGCUGCGGGGCUCCGGCAUCCAGUGGGACCUGCGCAAGACUCAGCCCUACGACGUCUACGACCAGGUGGAGUUCGACGUGCCCAUCGGCUCCCACGGCGACUGCUACGACAGGUACCUGUGCCGCGUGGAGGAGAUGCGCCAGUCGCUGCGGAUCAUCCUGCAGUGCCUCAAUAAGAUGCCACCUGGCGAGAUCAAGGUGGACGAUGCCAAGGUGUCACCCCCCAAACGCGCCGAGAUGAAGACGUCCAUGGAGUCCCUGAUCCAUCACUUCAAGCUCUACACCGAGGGCUACCAGGUGCCACCAGGUGCCACCUACACGGCCAUCGAGGCCCCCAAGGGUGAGUUUGGGGUGUACCUGGUGUCCGAUGGCAGCAGCCACCCU